AUGGGAAGGCAGCAAGCGUCUCAGAUAUAUCAACAUGGGGCGAAGGAGGCUCGAAUGUUGCAGUAUCUUUGUAAGCUCAGGAAAAGAAGGAGAAGGGGAGUGUGGGAGAUUGUUGAGAUGGAGAAGGAGAAGACGGUGGCAGACGGAAGCGUCGGGAAGAUGACGGUUGUUGAUCACCAAAGAGAUGAACACGCAGACGCAGAGGAUCAAAGCAGAAACGCUCAGACUUUAUCACGGAUGACAUGCGAGAGAUUGAAAUCUUCCGUUCGCUUCUCUUUCUUGUUCGACAAAGUUCUUCUUCUUGAGGCUCUGUGCUGUUCAGUGAUGGAUACUGUGCAAGACUAUCGGAGCUUGGAAGACUGGAGCCGCAGCGCCAGCCUCGGCGACAGGCCGACAGCGAGACCUAGCUCGCUAGCUCCGCCUCCGCGUCUCCGCCGCUCCGCGCACUUCCUCCUUCAUUCACCGGCGCGGGCCGCGGCGGCUUCCUUCUUCUCACUCUGCUGCGCCGUCUCCAAUAGCAGACCAGCAGCAACCAACUUUCCCAGCCAGGAGCAGGGGGAAUAUCAGCAGCAUCACCAUUCACCCCGCAUGGUUAUCUAUUUAGGUAAAAGUUCAGGCCCAGACUUUAAGAGUUUCACGCUACAGUUUCCAACUUCUGUGGAAGAGAUCGAGAUUGAGCGGGCGAAUGACGGUCAGGACGAGGCGGAGACGACAAACGCAGCUCCCAAGCUAUCCGAAGCCGCAGUAGCUCCGACGAAAGAGACGACAAGUGAGCCGUCGCAGCUUGUGAUUUCGGAGCGAGUCACGAGAGCAGAUGGCGACUGGGAGGAGCAGCACAAGGCCUCCUCGGCCGCUGAUGCUUUACCAUCGCACUCAUUGCCUUCUGCAGAGAAGGAGCGGAGCAAGGCCUCCGAUUUUAAUGGAGUUGUGGUAGCCGAAGUAGAAAAAGGAGGAGAUCUUGCCACUAUCCAUGGCAAGGGGAGGGCGGUCGUGUCUCAAGAACUCCAAGAUGAGGGGUCGAAGAAGAUCUUAACGCCAAGCCGCGUUGCGAACUGGAGGUUCCGAAAGAAGCCCAGAUCCGGCGGAGCAAAAAUGGCGGGGCUUUGUGUGAAAACAGAUCCACGGCGUGAAGCAAGGGCGAUGACGCAUCAUGGGAUUGACUCCCCGAAGCAUCAAAUCGCACGAGGAUCCCGAUGA